UCGUUUCCUAACCCAUAAAAAGCCGAAUCAGUAACUUCCGAUCCCAAAAGUUCCCCCAAUGGCUUUCUCAGUUUUAACGGUUAGCACAAUCACUUUUCUUUUCGUUCUCUACUAUGGAGCUGAAGCCGCCAUCGCUAACGAAGUUACGAACAUAGGUGCCAUCAUUGAUGUUAAUUCCCGUAUAGGCAAAGAAGAGAAAAUAGGCAUGGAAAUUGCGGUUCAGAACUUCAACAAAAACUCGAACACUCACAAACUCUCCCUCUAUAUCCGGAAGCCUCAUAGAAUAACUUCUGUUGCUGAAGAGAUGAUUAAAGAAAAGAAGGUGAAAGUGAUUAUUGGCAUGCACACGUGGCAGGAAGCAGCUCUGGUAGCCGAUGUGGGAAAUGAAUCUCAAGUUCCCGUUAUUUCAUUUGCAGCACCCGCCAUUACCCAACCACGGAUGCCACUUCGUUGGCCUUUCUUAAUACAAAUGGCUAAAAAUGUUUCUGAAGAAAUAAAAUGCAUUGCUGAUAUUGUUCAGGCGUACAGUUGGCAAAGGGUCGUUGCGAUUUACGAAGAUGAACCGUACGGUGGUGAUUCUGGGAAGUUGGAACUUUUAUCCGAGGCUCUCCAAAAUGUGGGUUCGGAGAUUGAAUACCAUUUGGUUCUUCCACCAUAUUCUUUUUUUGUGUCUGAUCCGGAAAGGGUUGUCCAAGAAGAGCUCGAUGAGCUACUGAAAAUACAAUCUCGGGUUUUUAUCGUUCUUCAGUCAUCAUUAGAGAUGGUGACUCAUUUGUUCAGAAAAGCUAAGCAGAUGGGAUUUGUAGGGAGGGAUUCAGCAUGGAUAAUUGCAGAAAGCAUUACUAGUUUGCUGGACUCUGUUGACGACUCCGUUAUUUCCUCCAUGGAAGGUGCGUUAGGAAUCAAGACUAAAUAUUCUGAUAUCGCCAAGCAUCAAGAUUUUUAUUCCCAGUUCCGAAAGAAUUUCAGAGCUGAAUAUCCGGAGGAAGAUAAUUCUGUGCCUGGGAUUUAUGCUUUGCGAGCAUAUGAUAGCAUUACAACUGUAACACAAGCGAUAAACAUAACGAGUACUAGUAACGCUAGCAGUCCAAAGAAGUUGCUACACCAUCUCUUGUCAAGCAAUUUCUCUGGUUUAAGCGGCGAAAUACGUUUCGAAGAAGGCCGGCUAUCGGACACUCCCAUAUUGAGGAUCGUAAACGUGGUUGGGAAGAGAUACAAAGAAAUUGACUUCUGGGUACCAGAGCACGGGUUUUCAGAAAACCCUGCCAUAGAAAAAGCGAAAGAGCAAAAUGAAACAACUCAAACAAGAUUGGCCGGUCCAGUAAUUUGGCCAGGGAACUUGCAAGAUCGUCCUCCGAAAGGUUGGGUAACGCCAACAAAUGCAAAGCCACUGCAGAUUGGAGUUCCGGGAAGAACAACGUUCGAGAAGUUUGUGAAGGUUGUGUAUGGAGAGACACCGGAACAGAACAAAUACGAUGGCUUUUGCAUUCAAAUUUUCUAUGAGGUGCUAAGCCUUUUAGGCUAUCAUCUGCCUUACAAAUUUGAGCCCUACAAUGGCACCUACGACGAACUGGUUAAACAUGUCUAUGACAAGUCUUAUGAUGCUGUCAUUGGCGACAUUACCUUACUGGCUGAUCGAAUGCAAUACGUUGAUUUUACUUUGCCGUUUGCGGAGUCAGGUUUGUCGAUGAUUGUUCCAGCAAAACCGGAAGGGUCAGUAUGGAUGUUUAUGAAGCCAUUCACAUUGGGAAUGUGGGUGGCGACAGUUGCCAUCUUGAUAUACACAAUGCUCAUAGUUUGGUUCUUGGAGCGUCCAUGCAAUCCAGAAUUUAAUGGCCCCUGGAAGAACCAGAUGAGCACUGCGCUUUGGUUCACCUUCUCAUCUCUCUUCUUUGCUCAUAGGGAAAAAAUCUACAGCAACCUCAGUCGUUUGGUGAUUGUACUAUGGCUCUUUGUCGUGUUCGUCCUUACAUCAAGCUACACCGCUUCUCUGUCUUCAAUGCUGACUGUUCCACAGCUGCCACCCAGUGUUAUUACAGACCAUGUAGACUGGCUAAAGAAGAAUAACUUGAAAGUUGGCUGCGAUGGGGAUUCAUUUGUAAGGACAUACCUGAAGAAUGUUGUUGGGUUCAAUCCACAGAACGUCUUGAACGUCACCAGCGAAUACAAUUACACAGGGGUAUUUGAAACCAAUAUUAUAUCUGCUGCCUUCCUUGAACUCCCAUACGAGAAAGCUUUCCUCAGUAAGUACUGCAACGGCUACAUUGGCACCAAACCCACCACCGGAUUUGGAGGAUUGGGCUUUAUAUUCCAGAAAGGCUCUCCAAUGGCCAGGGAUUUUUCUAAAGCCAUUCUGUCUCUAUCGGAGAACGGUAAACUAAAGGCACUAGAAGACGAAUGGUUGACUCCUCUGGACGAGUGUUCAACCAGCCUAACUUCCAGCGCAACUCAAAGCCUGAGCGUCCACAGCUUUUGGGUUCUCUAUCUAAUAUCCUUUGCCACUUCCACCAUUUGUCUUCUACUAUCACUACAUUGCUCACCAAUAAAUCGUCGGAAACAUCAGCAUGCAUAUGAAGGAAAUGUAACCCCAGAUGAUGAAAGUGUUUGGAAGAAGGCCGUUACACUAGUAAGAUACUUUCGUAUCAAAAGUACAGGAACAGCUCCUCCUUUAGCGGACACAUCGGAUAUAAAUCCAGACACGCAGGAUGUAAAUGAAUGUUCUUCGAGGUGGGAAUUCAUAAGCAUUUCUGACACUCUGGAGCCGUCCUCCCCAGCAGCUGAAGUCGAAAUUACUACUAUGAACUCCUGACCGUAAGUGUUAGAAUAUUUUAAAUUCUCAACAUUAUUGAUUGAUUUAGUUUCCUCGAUAGGUUUAUUACAUUACCUUAAUUAUAAUAGGAUUUUUUGUAAAGCCCCGCCUUUUACAAAAAUUAAUGC